CGGGGAGCAGCUCGUCUGAGCUACUAGAAGAUCCAGCCAGGGGGCUGAGGACCUGUAAUCGUCGGCUCUCCUACCACUUGCAUGUUCUCAGGAGCUGAGAGCAGCAGCAACGAGAAAACAGAAAGGAAACUUCCCGGUGUGGUGUUUUUGCGAUCAAGGUUUGUCUGCCUGACAGAGGCAACUCCCACAAAUAAGAGGAAUCUCUUCUGCUUCUCUCUUCGCCCAAUUCACCUCUCAUCAUGGCUAUAGUCCUCCACUCCAGCCCUCUGCUGUGGACACGGCUGGCAGCCAUGGCUUUCUCCUGUGUGGCAUUCUCUGUGGCUGUGCAUGGUGCCAAACUCGAGCAUGGCACAGGAGACUGGUGCAUCUUCUGCUGGGCCUUCAGCUUUGCCGGCACUCUGCUCGUGAUUCUGGUGGAGCUCUUCGGCCUGCAGACAAAAGCCCCUGUUUCAUGGAAGAACUUCCCUAUCACAUUUGCCUGCUACGCUGCCCUACUCUGUUUGUCCGCCUCUAUCAUCUUCCCACUCUACUUCCUCAAGGGUUUAUCAGGCUCCAGUUCGAUCCGCGACUACCGCAUCGUGGUAACCGCCUUCUCCUGCUUGGCAACCGUUGCUUACAUAAGUGAGGUGAGCAUCAGCAAGGCGCGUCCAGGUGAGGUGGCCGGCUACAUGGCCACAGGACCUGGACUAUUGAAAGUCUGUGAGACCUUCGUGGCCUGCGUCAUCUUCGUCUUUGUGAGUGACCCUGUGUUGUACGACCGUCACGAUGCACUGAAGUACUGCAUGGCCGUCUACUGCAUCUGCUUCAUCCUGUCAGCAGCCAUCAUCCUGCUCUGUAUAGGCGAGUGUACUGGGUGCUUGCCUUUUCCGUUCCCCCGGUUUCUGUCAGCCUACGCCAUGCUGGCUGUGGUCCUCUACCUGUCAGCAACCAUCAUCUGGCCUAUCUUCAACUUUGACCCCAAGCAUGGUGGGAGUAGAGAUAGGCCAUACAGCUGCAGCUCACAACGGGGGUUGUGUUCGUGGGAUAAGCGUAUGGCAGUGGCUGUACUCACCGGUGUCAACUUCAUCCUCUACCUGGCAGACCUGAUCUACUCCACCCGCCUGGUAUUUGUCAAUGCUUAAAAAACAGGAAGUCAGGCUAGCAGUAUGCUUCAAAUAAAAUUGAAUUUGGUAACUUUGUCAAAGGCUUUGGAACUGCUGUCACUGUUACUGCUGCAAGCAAAUGGUGGCAUACUGAGUCUAGCACUCUGGCCACUUUAAUGGUAUCACUAGAGGACAAGCCGUGAUAGGAGGCUAAAGAGCAAACUUUAGCAUGAUAGCACAGCUGAGACAAAUCUUGUGUGACUCAAUUUGUUGUUUGAAAUUUGCCCUGAAAAGGAUAUGAUUUGCCUUUUGCUAGAACCAGACAGAAGGAGAAAAGCAUGCCCUACAGCCCAAGGUAACUGUGCAGUGGUAAAUAUGGAAAUGCAUUUUAAAAAAACAUAAAAGAGAGUGUGCUCAAGCCAUGAAUGAAGCUUUUCAUAGGCAUAGAUUGACAUAUUCGGAUGGUCAAAACACAAAUCUUGUGCUCUUUUUGGCUUGAAACGUUAAAAAUUAGCUCUGAAACUUUGCCAGAUUUAAUUUUGUGUGAAGUAUACUGCAUGACUGAAUUUCUUAGAGAGAAAGAGAGAGGGAGAGAAGGGAGGAGUAAGAGGCAAGUUAGUGGUUGUGUCUACACAUACAACAAUAUGGCUUUCUGUUCAUGUGUUGUGGCAUGUAAAUGGCAAAUAUUUGCUUCCAGUCACCCAAAAGACUCUUAUCUUUUAUAUAGAGACCUGAAUGUGAUUGCUGGAAUCUGCUGAUAUUACUCAAAGUUUUUAAUCAGUUCCCAUUUUAAUACAGAAAAUAAAUUUUUCAUGUAUGCAGGGAUGCUUUGGAUAGUAGUAAUCUAUCAAGAGAUUUUCCAAAAGAAGACUUAAAAAAUGCUGUGUGCAUGUAAAUAAGACAGAAAAAUUAAAACAAAGAUAAUGUUGAGUUUUUGUUUGAUACUUUUGGCAGAGUGUAUGUCAGUGUAUAUAUAUAAAGACAGUCAGUGAACAUUUCAGAUUAACUGUUACAGAAAAUAAUUCAGUGCCAUGUGACUGACUUUUGUGACCUUUUUUUUAAUGGCAUCAUUAAACUUCAUUGCAGUACACAAAGCAGCUGACAGGGUUGCAUCAGUCAGUCGUUUUUUUAAACUUCAUGAUAUCCCAACAAUUCAAUGACUGAAAGAAGUGAUAAAUUUGUUUACAUGAUGUUAAAGAUGAUUGGUAGGCUAGCUUUUGCUCUUGUUAUGGAAUGUGUGUAUCUGUGAGCUAUAAUCUAUUGUAAGAACAUAUAUGGAUUUAAAGAAACAAGUAAAACAUAUAGUCAAAGUACAGGUAUUAAUGUUUUCAUUGUGUGUUUAUAUUUCUGGUGUCCUCAAAUAUCAAAGAACCUACUAACGCUGGUCCCUCACUGCUAAGGUUAUAUUCAUUACAUCUAUUUGUUUUGUACUGCUCAUAGAAAUCUAUUAACAAAGUUUUCUCUCAGUCUAGAUGCUCUUAGGACUGUAGUCUUUACAUUUUUUAUACUCUGUUGUUUCAAGUGUGGAAACCACAUCAGUGUUGAUGGAAAAUGUAUUCCAGUGUUUCAAUAAAACCACAUGAUAAACAGA